AUGGUCUGGCUUGACAAUGUAGAUGUCCUCGUGCAGACGCUGUGCGCGCGGAGCCAGCGGCCGGUGAGGACGCAGCAGAUGCGCCGCACCGCGAUCGGCUUCUGCCUCGACGACUCGAACCGGGCGCUCCUCGUGGUCGGCGACCGCGCGAAGGAGAAGGAGCAGCACGAGUGGCCGGUGGCUGGCGGAGUCGCCCUGCUCGCCCGAUUCGUGCGCGACGGCAAGGCGACUCUCACCCUCGCGCGGCAGCACAAGCAGAUCCUCCUCUCCAACGCCGAGCCGGCGAGGCUCGCCGAGUGGCUGCACGCUCUCAAGGGCGGAGCGGCGGGACGGCGCGACGAGCGGCCCGCCGCCUCCCCUCCGCCGCGUCCGCUGGCGAAGCGGACGCCCGCAGCGGCCAACGUCGCCGCCUCCCCUUCGCUCGCCUCUCCGACCGUCGUCAGCCGGAGGAAGGCGCGCGACCUGCGCCCGUCGCCCGGAUCGCUGCCGCUGCGGCCGUCGCCCGUGCUGUCGCCGUCGACAAGGCAGGCGCUGUCGGAGGAGCGGCAGCCUAGAAGCGGACCACGUUGGCGUACCGUCAUCAUGCAGGAGCAGCAGGCCGUGCUCAAGGCGGCGUUGCGUGGCGAGUCCUUCUUCUUCACGGGCGGCGCCGGCACGGGCAA